AUUAAAAACGAAAGUAGAAAAAAUUAGCUUUUCGUUCUAAAGCAGCGCGAUGUCAGGAUCGAUAUCAGAAAUCCACCGAUCUACUUCUGUUCAAACUCACCAAGAAUAAAGUAAUUACGAUAUCGGAGAAAUUCAGCUGUCACGUAAUUCACAUAUAAUAGAUCGGCCUUAAAGCGCUUAAACAGCAGCCUGUCCCAACCUGUCCAACCAACAAUUCAAACUCACCGGGAAUUCCGCGAGACUCCAUCUCAGAAAAAAAGUCUAAAAUAAACGUCACAGCUACGUCAGGUGUCUAGCACUGGAAACGACUCAUACGCAUAUCGGGGUACCGAUGUCGGGUAUCCGCAUAACAGUGGAAUCCACGGUGGUCAACAGUGGGGAUGACUUGGACGACGAAGAAAACGAAACUGUUGCCUAAGGAGAGGGACGUUUCGGAGUGGCGUGGGGAGGUGAGUCGUGUGUCUCCCAAAGGGGAGUGGUAGCCGAUCGUGGUCGUUCUACGCGAACAAAGAGGUGUAACGAGGGGGGUACGGUGUGUUGGGCCCGGGUGGCGAAGGCGAAAGUAUGCCGCGUAUAUAAGGCGACGAACCAACGGCAAUCAGCAUCCAGUUCACUUCUGGACGCACCUGGAAUAUCUCGAGAGCAAAAAUGAGAAUCCUGGUUUACACGACAGCGAUCGCCCUGUUGGUUUCGUCCACGUGGGCCGAGGAGAAGACGUCUGAGAAAGCAGAAGCUUCGGUGGAAGACAAUUCCACGAAAAAACAAGAGAAACGCGGCCUGUUGGGUCUCGGUUACGGUUACAGCUACGACGGUGGUUAUGACAUCGGAUCUGGUGGACACGGUGGUCUGGAAUUAAGCGGCAGCGGCUAUGGCGGUGGCUAUGGUGGCUAUGGUGGCUACGACGGUGGACACGAACACGUCAAGACCGUGACCGUUGUUAAGAACGUAGCUGUUCCAUAUCCCGUGGAGAAACACGUGCCUUACCCCGUGGAGAAACCCUACCCAGUCCCUGUGAAGGUUCCAGUACCGCAACCAUACCCAGUGGAAAAGCCUUAUCCAGUCAAGGUCCUCGUUAAGGUUCCAGUACACGUACCCCAACCGUACCCCGUGGAGAAGAAGGUUCCAUAUCCGGUUCACGUACCCGUCGAUCGCCCAUACCCCGUCAAAGUUUUGGUUCCACAGCCUUACCCCGUGGAGAAACACGUACCAUAUCCGGUAAAGGUACCAGUGCCACAACCGUAUCCAGUCGAGAAACCAGUUCCAGUGCCGGUCAAAGUUCCGGUCCAUGUACCAGCCCCCUAUCCAGUGGAAAGAUUGGUUCCGGUGAAGGUUCCUGUUGAUCGUCCGAUCCACGUGCCAGUACUCAAACCCUACCCCGUGCACAUCGACAGGCCAGUACCCUAUCCAGUGGAAAAACCAGUGCCAGUCGCAGUCAAAGUACCAGUCGACAGACCGUAUCCAGUUCCGGUGGAGAAGCCAGUCGCUGUCCCGGUAAAGGUACCAGUACCACAGCCGUAUCCGGUCGAGAAGCCAGUACCUUACCCCGUGGAAAGGCCAGUGCCGGUGGAAGUUAAGGUUCCAGUAGACAGACCGUAUCCAGUUCACAUCGAGAAACCGGUGCCCUACCCGGUGGAACAACCGAUACCGAUACCGGUACCUAAACCAUAUCCUGUGCUAGUUUCCAAGCCUGUCCCUUAUCCCGUUGAUAAACCAGUACCUGUACCUGUGACAGUUAAGGUACCAAGACCUGUACCUGUAACUGUUGAUAAACCUAUCCCUGUGAAAGUAAAGAUUCCGGUACCAGCACCAUAUCCUGUGGAAAAGGAGGUACCUUAUACCGUGGAAAAACCGGUGCCUGUGCUGGUGAAGGUACCAAUUCAUAGACCCAUACCUGUCCACGUGACGAAACCUGUGCCUUACUCUGUUGAGAAGCCUGUUCCCUAUGCUGUUAAAGUACCCGUUUCUGUACCAGUAGAAGAGGAAAAGGACGUGGACGAGGUUAAAUAUAACGAUUGAAAGCGACGAAUGUGAAUAGCGAACGUUAGAGUAAUUUUGUUUUGUCAGGGCGUCUCUUAAUGCGAAAUUUGGAGUCAAUGUUAAUUGUCGAGUGGCUCUCUCCGUUUAUUUUUGUGCGUACAAAUACCGUAAGUGGAAUCGAAGGCGUUUCGCUGUUUAAAGUUAUUAGAAUUAUUUAGGAGUUAGAUUGUGGAUUUUUACUCAUUUGUAGGAAAUGUAAACGUAUAUUAUAUGUAAAAAUAUAUAAAAUAUCUAAAGU